ACUCCGUUCCACAACCCCACUAUUCUCAUUCCUCGCUACUCUACAAACGCACUUCUAUAUAAAUAACUCUGCUGAAUUCCAACUUCCAAGACUAGGAUUAGUCAAUUUUUCAUUCGCAGAAACUUGCACAAACUUGCAAAAACAAGCAGUAGAGCAGUAAUGGCGGACAAACUCUCAGCUUUGAGAUCUUUGAUGGCUUCUCACUCUCCUCCACUUCAUGCUUUAAUCGUUCCUUCUGAAGAUUAUCAUCAGAGUGAGUAUGUAUCUGAUCGUGACAAAAGGCGGCAAUUUAUUUCUGGAUUUUCUGGUAGUGCUGGUUUGGCCCUCAUAACAACAAAUGAUGCUCGACUUUGGACCGAUGGAAGGUAUUUCUUGCAGGCAGAAAAGCAACUAAGUGAUCAAUGGAAGCUUAUGCGUAUGGGAGAAGAUCCUGCUGUAGACAUCUGGAUGGCAGAUAAUUUACCAGAAGAAGCAUCUAUUGGUGUUGAUCCCUGGUGUAUAUCGAUAGAUACAGCCCAAAGAUGGGAGCGUGCACUUGAGAAGAAGCAACAAAAGUUGGUUUCCACCUCAAAUAAUCUUGUUGACCAAAUAUGGAAGGAUAGGCCAGAAGCUGAGUUGAAUCCCGUCAAGGUGCAGGCUCUGGAGUUUGCUGGACGCACAGUUGCUGAUAAAUUACAAGAUUUAAGGGAAAAACUUAUGCAAGAGAAAGCUCACAGUAUUAUUAUCUGUGCACUUGACGAGGUUGCUUGGCUGUUUAAUAUUCGUGGGAGUGAUGUUUCAUAUUGUCCAGUUGUUCAUGCUUUUGCUGUAGUAACAUUAACAACAUCAUUCUUUUAUGUGGACCAAAGAAAAGUAUCUCCUGAGGUGCUUUCUCACAUGAAGGAAAUUCAUGUUGAAGUCCGGGACUAUAAUUCAGUUAGUGCAGAUGUUAACCUACUUUCGUCCAAUCAUCUUGUUUCAUCAUUGCCACUCAAUGCUGCUGAAGAUAAAGUUGCAUCUGGUUCAACUGCAGAACAUAAAACAGCAGAAUGUAACUUCAUAUGGAUGGACUCUCGUUCAUGUUGCUAUGCUUUGUAUUCCAAACUCAAGUCAGAUCAGGUUUUAUUGCAGCAGUCUCCGAUAGCUCUUUCAAAAGCUUUGAAGAAUCCAAUUGAAAUGGAAGGAUUGAAGAAUGCCCAUAUGCGUGAUGGUGCAGCUGUUGUGCAGUUCCUUGUGUGGCUUGAUAAGCAGAUGCAAGAUCUUUAUGGGGCUCCUGGUUACUUCUCUGAGGCAGAGACUGAAAGGAUUAAACCUAGUGAAGGACAAAAACUGACAGAAGUGUCCGUGAGUGACAAGCUAGAAGGUUUUCGUGCAUCAAAGGAGCAUUUUAGGGGGCUGAGCUUUCCUACCAUUUCAUCCGUUGGCUCAAAUGCAGCAAUUAUUCAUUAUGGGCCUGAUCCCCAAACUUGUGCGGAAAUGGAUCCCGACCGGAUUUAUCUGUUUGAUUCAGGAGCACAGUAUCAAGAUGGAACAACUGAUAUAACUCGGACAGUGCAUUUUGGGCGAAGUUCUGCUCAUGAAAAGGCAUGCUAUACAGGGGUUCUUAAAGGUCACAUUGCAUUAGAUAGUGCUCGGUUUCCAAAAGGAACUAGUGGUCAUGCUCUUGACAUUCUUGCACGGAUUCCUUUGUGGAAGUUUGGGCUUGAUUACCGACAUGGUACAGGUCACGGUAUAGGGUCUUAUCUCAAUGUGCAUGAAGGUCCACACUUAAUUAGUUUCAGACCCCAGGCUCAGAAUGUUCCUCUGCAGGCUACAAUGACUGUAACUGAUGAGCCUGGUUACUAUGAGGACGGAAAUUUUGGUAUAAGAUUGGAGAAUGUGCUUUUUGUAAAGGACGCAAAUACAGAAUUCAAUUUUGGCGACAGAGGAUACCUGGAAUUUGAGCACAUAACAUGGGCUCCUUAUCAGCACAAGUUGAUCAACUUGAGUCUUCUUACUCCAGAAGAAAUACGUUGGGUAAAUUCGUAUCAUUCAAGAUGUCGGGAAAUUUUGGCCCCAUAUAUGAAUGAUACCGAGAUGGGAUGGCUAAUGAAAGCAACCGAACCUAUUGAUGUUGCCAUGUGAAAUCAGUGACUGGAUACCUUGAUUCAUUUCUACUUUUGUUACUGAUUAAUGUACUCCAUUUUCUUUGUCUCAAUUCUCAAGAUAUUCUAAUCUGCUUCUUUUGUGUUUCGUUGAGAUUAUUUUUAAUAAAAAGUAGCAGAAUUCGCGGUGUUUAAUCAUA